AUGGCGUCCACACGUUGCAAUACUGUUCUCUCAGAACAAGCAGCUCAACUAGUCAUCAACGCUCCAGCGCUGGAUCAAAUCUUGCCCAACCGCAUCUUCGCGCAGUCCGCCGAGACAAGCCUUUCCCCCUCGAGGUCCAAACCGGCUCUCUUGGAGGCAUUGGACGUUGAAGCGAACAAGACCAAGACUGCCAACAAUGCUGGGGCUUUCGAAAGUACGGGAGAUGCGCUUUUGGAUCUCUUUAGCAGUUUGACGGAUCAAAAUCUGCGCGGCCAGGCGCUCGAAUCGAAAUUGCAAGGAGCUUGGCGCAAAGAUGCAGCGUCGACUUUGAGGCUCAUCCUUUAUGCUCGCAGCAUCGCUGCAGGAGCAGGCGAUCGAACAUUGUUCUUGCGAGCUGCGGCUUGGAUGUACGCUGAACAUCCAAAGACUUUGUUGGGCUCUCUUUUGCCGCUCCUCGUAGCGCAUGCUGGUCUGCCAACCUGCAAAGACUUUGAUGCGGGAAAUGGCGUCACGGCCAGAGUGGAGAGACCAGCCAGAUUGCACGGCAGCUGGAAAGAUCCGCUCAAUGUUCUCCUGAUCGCUACCAAAUCGCUCACCACCCAUCUGAGCAUGGACCAAUUGGCCAGCGCAACAAAAGAAUUGCCCGAGCGCAUAUUGAAGCGCAAAUGCACUUUGGAUGGGACACCGCACAGAUUGGCUGGAAAAGGGCGCCGUGCAAGCAACAGCAAGCAGAGCAAUGACGAACAUCAGAUGCUCGCACACGGCGGUGAGCUUGUGCAGCCCGGCCCUACAAGAGCAGAGAAAGCCAAGAGGAUGGAUGAGCAGAGGAGGCAAGCGGCUGCGGAAGCCAGGCGAAGCGCGGCCAAGCAGGCUUCGAACAAAGUCAGCCAACUUGUGGAGAGCAACGUCCAGUAUCGAGCAGUGUACGCGACGGUGGUCAAGAUGUUUGUGCGACAGUUGAGGGAGGAUGAGGGACGAUUGGAGAGGAUCGAAGAGGGGGGAGAUGCAAGCGAAUUGGUCGACCAUCUGAGUUACGCUGGCAAGUGGGCGCCGUCUGAAGGAGCCAGUGUGGAUAAUCAGACCGGCUUGGCGCAAAUUUUGGCCAAGGCUUUGUACCCGGAUCAACGCGACGCGCGUGCCAAGUACAGGGCCUUGCUGUGCAAGCUUCGCAGGGCGAAAAAGGUUCCCGAGCAGGGCAUGGUUCAAGGUUCGUGGGAGGGCAAGAUCAGCUUGCCUCACAUCCCCGCUCGAGCUUUCAACAUUUCGCAAGCAUUGCUCUGGAAACACGCCUUGUCGGAUAUGAUACGGUAUGCGCAGAGGGUGGCGGAAGGAAAGAGCACCGUUGCAGGAGCUAGCGAAACGCCUGGAGAAUUGGUCUUGGCUUUGCAUCAAGCUCGUGCCCUGGAUGCGCGCAUCCGCCAACACUUGGACCAAUUGCCAACGCAAGAACGCACACAAGUCAGAGAUCAAAUCCUAGCUUCCCAAACGCAAUUGUUGGAUGGACAGUGGGAGAAUAUGAAGCGGACAUUGGUGGCAGAGAUGGAGGCGACGCGGCAAGCAAAGGUCGCUGCUGGAACAAUCGACGGCGAUGCAGACAAGACGAUGAGGCCGAUGAUUCCAGUGUGCGAUCUGAGCGGUAGCAUGGAGGGACCCCAGCUCAACACUAGAGGCUUGACUCCCAUCCACAUUUCCACUGGUCUGUCCCUCUUGCUCUCCGAGUUGGCGCCGGAGCCGUGGAGCGGAAGGGUGAUUUCCUUCAGCGAAGAGCCAAAGGUGGUCAGAUUGCCAGAAGCAAAGUCCUUUAGCAGAACUGUGGAGCACUUCCAGAAACAUUUGCCCAUGGGCUACAGCACCAACUUUGAAGCCGUCUUUGAUCUCUUGUUGAACUUGGCGCAGCAAAGCAAGAUGGCCAAGCAAGAGACGGGCGAGUUGAUCUGCGUUGCAUUCACCGAUAUGCACUUCGACGCCGCCUGCGACUCGUCAUUCGGAAUGAGCGGUACUGCUACCACCAGUCCAGCAACCAUCUUCUCCGUUAUCAAGCGCAAGUGGGACCAGGCGGGCUACGAUCUGCCCCACUUGAUCUUUUGGAACUUGUCCGCCGGCAAAGCGGCCAUGCCCGUCGAAUCGGACACUCCUCACCGCGCAGAUGAAGGCCCUUUUGGACGGCUCACUUUUCGAUGAUAGUCUCGAGCUCGAUUUGGAUGCGGAAAAGCAGAUCGAAGAUGAUGGGUUUGUCGACCUCGGUGGGGAGGAAAAGGACGAAACGACGGAAUUGAAGACGCCGAGCAAGAAAAGUGAAGGUCUCACACCUAGAGAAAGCAUGGAAAAGGUCCUGUUUGCUAGCGUCUUCGACGGCAUGGAGAUUCUCGAUUAGAGGACGAGUGAAGGCAACGAUGUCGCGCGAAGGUAUCCGAGCGGUUUCGCGAGCUGCGAGACCCAAUUCAGUAUGAGUUUGUAUUUGUAUCGUAUUUCGUAUUUAGCUCCCUUCCUCGAAUGUAGAUUAUGUGAUC